CUGGAACGCUUUGGUUUUGGAACGGACUUCUGGAACAGAUUAAGUUUGAGAACAAAGGUACCACUGUACAGAAGUUGUGUAUGGUGAAGGAGACCAUCACUCAGGCUGAUGCUGUGCAGUACAGCGGCACUGUUUUCCCAACAGCAACACUGCACGCUUGCAGUCCCCAAAACAGCUCUUUCUCACCAGUCACCUCUGCAAACUGAGGCAUAUUCGUGCUACACCUAUCAAUUGCCAAACUGUUGUCUUCAUUCCCAUUCCAAACAGGCGAGGUGUCUUCAAAAGCUAACCAGCAGCCAUAAAAGAGACAUCGAUGCUCGUUAAGCAAGCUUCUUCAGCUUUAUGAGGUUAUUUUGCAUUUCCCAGCAAUAUGCUUGAGCUUGCAACUGUGCAAUGCAGGAACAGCACGUGCUUCUCCAAGCUGCAACCAAUUUGCGUUCCCCUUUACGCCCAGAAGGUUGUUCUAAUUGCAAGCCCAGACAUCCAGAAAUAUUGUGUAUCUAUUUCAUUUAAUAGUAUUGGAAAGCAGAGUAUCAUUAAUUUGGGAGAGAUGACAGUAAUGACAUUUAGGAAACGCAAACAAACUCAAGGAGAUGGCCGCUUGGUGCCAUACAGCCAGUGGAAUUCUGAUGUCAAAUUCUAACCUAGUUUGCUUCCUAGCAAUAAUUUGAGACUUGGCAACAAACUGAACAAGCAUGUGCAAUUGAACAAGCUGCUAAACAUCUCCCAGGUCAGAAAUGGAAGUCAUUUGACUAUUUAAAACAGGUGAAGAAUUUGAGCCUUUGAAUGAAACACUAGUCAUGUAACAGAUAUGGUGUUUCUCUCUCAACAACAAGCACCGUUGCCGUGCAGAGAGAUGACGCUCUUCUUUGUCAUCCUUGUGGAUUAUUGUACAAAAUUGAUCUUUUGGAGCUGGUUUUUGAUCUGCACAUCUCAGUUUGUGAAUUAGAAAAGAUGCUGAAAAGAUGAACCGGCAAGCACUGCCUGAAAAAGAUCCAACAUCUAUAAUUACUGCUGGGAGAUCCUGAAAGAUGAUUUAUUUGAGACAUUAGAAUGCCCAGCUACUUCAAAUGGGCUGUCUUUGCUUCCAUCGCUGUGUUGAGCUUUGCGUCUUUUAUCUUGAUCCUCGUUGCAAUGAGCACCCAGAAAUGGAUGACCGGAAAAAUCCUUUGCAAAACAGGAGCUGAGCUGGUCAAUGCCACAGACCCAGAGCUAGUCAAAUUCAUGGGGGAAAUUUACUACGGACUCUUUGGAGGUGGCAAAAUACGCCAAUGUGGGUUAGGUGGGCGGCGAUCCAAAUUCACAAUAUUUCCGCACCUGGUGAAGAAAUUGAACACAGCUCUCCAUGUGGCAAUUAUCCUUUUCCUCUGCGUGGCGUUUUCUUUUGCUCUGGUCAGUUUGGCAUUCUGCAUAUUCAACAUAAUUAAAGUUCCCUAUCGGGCUAUUAAAGGUCCAGCUGGAAUCGCCUUGUGGAACGUCCUUGCAGGUGGCUUUGCAGUGCUGGGUGUGACUAGCUUCAUGGCUGCCGUCAAACUGCACAACCUGACUGAAAGGAUUGCCAAUUUCCAGGAAAACGUCUUCCAGUUUGUGAUCCUGGAAGAACAGUAUGAAGACUCUUUUUGGCUUUGCGUGGCAAGCGCGACCAUUCAUGGUGUGAACUUGCUGCUAGUUGCCAUCAGCGCAAUUCAUUUCCCUAAGCGGAAGACAAAGACAGAAGAAGCAAAUGUUGCAGCCGAAGACAUCAUGUACUGAAUACCUAACUUGGCUGGCCCCAAGCUUAAGACUUGCAUCAUCUGUUUAUCUGCACUAUGCGAAAGAAGGGUAACGCUACUGUCGGAAGGAGUGCCUGAGUGUGGAGGAAGUGCAGCGAGAGCCACAAGUUGGUUGGUUCAUGCAAAUGCUGAGACCAAAAUGCCCCUGGAGGGUCCACUAAGCCAAGAAGACCAUUCCCACAUUCCAUUAAACUCCUGGGAAGCUUGAGUCUUUCCCACACUGGGUCAAAAUUUCCCAGGAGGCCAGCACAAAGCAAGAAGACCCCUUCCCAUUCUCUCACUUGGACCUUGCCCAUAGAACUCCAAAACUGUACAGCUCAUCUGAGGAGGACGUUUGCCUCGGGUACAAUGCUGUGCAAUGGGUAAUUUAUGCCUGGACUCACUCAAAGGUAGUUUAAAACACAGAGGAAAAAGCACAUACCACCUCAGAAUGUGGGUGUGACAUUUUUCUGAAUGCUCCCAGCCUAAAAAUCCUUAUGUGCAAAGUUAACAUGGCGGGAGAAGGGCUGUGCAGAGAUCUUUCUCCCUUGACCACCUGGCUUUCCACAUUUGCAGUGGAGGCCUCGACUUUAGAGUGAAUGGGGUACUGAAUAGCCUGGAGAAGAGGAGGUUAAGGGGUGAUAUGAUAGCCAUGUUCAAAUAUAGAAAAGGAUGUC